UAUAUGGAAAUGUUUAUAUUUCUAUUUAUCAAUUGACCGUUCAUCUGCAAAAAAUAUAUAUAAAGUUAGUUUUGGCAUGGUUGAGGACUUUCAUUUGUUCAAGGGAUGCUCCCCACCCCUGAAGGAAAUCGUGACGUGCCAUAAUCUGACACCCCUUGCCUUGAGCACGCGCAGGCGUAAAAAGUUACUGUUGCUACCCGCACCAGGAAGAGAAGGGGGAUUUAAAAACCUGGCUGAGAAAAAUGAGAAAGGUUUGAAAUUGACCACGGUGUUAAACGGAGAAUCAUAUCAACAAUAAUUUUGGUUUAAAAUCCAAGCUAUCUGUUUAGAAUACUUACGUGGUCGUGAGUACGUGAAAGGUUAUUUACUAAUGUUAACUAGCUAAAUUAGCUAGGGCUGUCUCGCGCAACGACGGGUGGCAGUGUGCGAGUUAUCAAGCCAGCGAUCUAAUGUGAGCUUGCUAACAAGUUGCUUAGCAAAUCGUUGUCCACGAAACUAGCUAGUUGCCACGCUGACUUGUCUAAGUAGAAUGUAUAGAGGGCAGUCUAGAUAUAAUGCAAUCAAUUAUUGUUGACACUUAUCCCGUUUAGCUUGCUAGCGAGUCUGCACGUGACUACUCAUUUUGGAAUGUUGGAUCGCAUCAAACAAUAAUAAAGCAGAAGUAUCUAGCUAGCUCUUCCGCGCUUACAAUUUAGUUGUGCGACCAGUGUUCACAUUCCAUCUAACGUUAAUUUGUGGAUUCUGCUAUCAAGAAAAGCACCUUGACCUAGCGAGUUAAUUUUGUACAGCGGUUCUAGCUAUAUCUAAUUGUUUUGGAACUAGGUAGCGGUUGGCUAAUAAUGGGGCCCCGACAUAGUUAGCCAACUGAUAAUAAUCAUGGGAGGAUGUGUUGGGAGAGAACGUGAGGACACACAGGGCCACGGAUCAUCCAGAAGCAGUGGAAGGGCACACCGAAAACGUGGAAGUCGCAAUGAGCCCCUGAAGAAGGACAAGCCCAAGUGGAAGAGUGACUAUCCCAUGACGGAGGGCCAGCUCCGCAGUAAGAGGGAUGAGUUCUGGGACACCGCCCCGGCCUUCGAGGGCCGAAAGGAGAUCUGGGACGCUCUGAAGGCAGCCACCGUCGCCCUGGAGUGCAACGACCACGAGCUGGCCCAGGCCAUAGUGGACGGAGCCAGCAUCACACUGCCUCACGGCUCCCUGACAGAGUGUUAUGAUGAGCUGGGUAGCCGCUACCAGCUGCCCGUCUACUGCCUGGCCCCGCCGGUCAAUCUGAUCUCCGAGCGCAGCGACGAGGACCCCGGCGACAGCCCCGAGCCCACAGCCGCCCCCAAGAAGGAGUUCCAGCUCAAGGUGCGCCUCUCCACGGGCAAGGACCUGCGCCUCAGCGCCAGCAUGGCCGAUUCCAUCGGGCAGCUGAAAAAGCAGCUUCAGGCCCAGGAGGACAUCGACACGGCCCACCAGCGCUGGUUCUUCUCAGGCAAGCUGCUCACGGACAAGACCCGCCUGCAGGACACUAAGAUCCAGAAGGACUUUGUCAUCCAGGUCAUCGUCAACCCGCAGGCCCCCAUUAACUAGGUCCCAGAUGAAAGGAUCGACGGAGGAGCCCUGGAUAAUGGUUUUACCGCUGAUCUGUAAAACAGAGGUGAUUUGGGGAAUUACGGUUAAUAGAUGAACAACAGAAGGGAGAGACUCUGAAGUGCUGCUUUUCAAUGUUUCAUUGUUUACCAUUAAAGAGUGUGGUUCUUUUCAGUGUGUCACUUCUCUAUAGGACGGUUGGUCGAUCGAUCCAGACGUUUCAGACCAGACCACUCACCCGAAGGGGUGUUUUCUGUCACUCACCACACUAACUUUGAAGUAAAUUAUAGCAGAAUUGCCCCCCCAGAUGUGAGACAUUGCAGGCGUGCACCGUACGGCACGUGCAAGGGGUCUGCGUCUGCACUAACCAAGUGCCAAUUGAAAUCGCAGAUUAUUUUACAUAGUUUGUAAAGCACAUCUUUUUCUGUCCCUGGUCUCUACUCUGUACCCUGUAAUGGAUACUUCCCAUGAUCCUCCCUCAAGUGAUAUACAAAACUUUUUCUCUCAUUGUUUUCUUUCUUUUUUUGAGUUAAUCUCAAACAAAGCUUUUUUGCACAGUUGAUUUGUACUUGCGUGGAAGUUUGUGUGCCUUCAAGGAAGAAAACUAAACAGAAUCCUGCUUUUUUUACUGCUAAAGCCUUCUGUCUCUAGAUUCAGGAAUAAUCGUUUCAUAGAUCUAUACAAAUCCUAAAUAUACUGCUGCAUUUCUCGAUCAGCUGUCUCUAUAUCAGUUAUUGCAUUUCAAAUGUACCACUGGCGUUUCCAUGGAUGUUAGCCCUGUGUUGUCCCUAAUGGUUGUAUGCGCCCCCCCACGCUCCUAUUGUCAAUGUACCAUAAAGUGACAAUGAUUAGAGAGCCUAGCCCUUGUAUGCUGUGCCACAUUACAAUCCUGAGGUGAAGUGGGAAGCUCAAGCUACAGUGAAGAGGAUAGGAGAACGUCUCUCUGUUUUAGUAUAUAGUCAUGGAAGAGGAACAGUGGUUUUCUGGCUGUCUUGGGUGGCACCUCGCUGCACAUGAGGUGCUCCUUUACCCUUCACGUCAGUCCUUUGAUUUUCCAUCUCUCUAAGCGCUUGUGCCGCUUUCUUUUAUGGCCUCAUCAAAAGAACAUAAACAAGAUACUCAGUGGUGGAUGGUUAAGCUGGAGGUGGGAAGACUUGUUACCAGGCUAUUGUCAUCAUAGUUAUGCUAUCAUUUAAAGGGAUAUUUUGGUAAUGAGGCAAUUUAUCUACUUCCCCAGUGUCGGAUGAACACGUGGAUACUAUUUUUAUGCCUUUGUGUUUUAGAAUGAAGAAAGUUAAAGGUAGUUUCACAAGCCAAUGCUAACUAGUGUUAGCGCACUGACUGGAAGUCUAUGGGUAUCUGCUAGCAUGCUAUGCCCUUUAAGGUUUUUAGGUUUGUUGUCUGUAUAGGCAUUUGAACUUUUAUCCAACUUUAGCUCAAACAGUUGAUCAAUGACUGUGCUGGGAAUAUAUUUGUUAUUAACCUUUAUGCAAACUUGAGUAUUUCUCUCAACUUACAAUGUAUGUGCAAUACAAAAUAGACCUCGUACCUUUUGAUUCUCCCCUUAUUUCAUAUAUACAGUAGCAUUAGCUAUGACUAUGUAAAGGUUCUCAGAAACACAACAUAGGAGCCUGCUAUGUUCAGAUUGCUUUGUUGUACAAUCAGCCUUUGACCUUGUUCAGAGUUUCAUAUUGCUUUCAUCUCUGUUUUGAAACGUUGUCCCAUCUAUAAAAGUGUUCAAAUGGCCA